GCUGGCACUGUGUAGUGUGAUCUUCCUCGCUUACGCAGGGGUUCCUAGCACUACGUCCCGCACGUUGACGAAUUCCUCGGUUGCAGCACACCCCGACGGCAACCGAUUUGCCUACAUGUUGUACGCCACGACCGAGCUCACGAUGUGCAACGCUCUGAUCAUGGCGCGAAACAUACGUCGUUUGGGGACACCUCCCUCAAUUCCAAUUGUGAUUUUGAUAUCCGCCGCGCUUGAGACUCAGCAGCACGCGUGGACAGCAACCGUGGAGGCCACCCACACCAAGAUGACGUUUGUAGAGCCAUGGAUAUCGCAGUCGAUGCGCGGGGAGUCCAGCAUUUGGCGCGAAUCCCUCACGAAGCUUCGCAUCUUCGAGGAACGUGGGUACGACCGCGUCGUGUACUUGGACUCGGACAUGUGGCUCCAUCGUAACUUGGAUCAUUUGUUUGCGCUGACAAGUAGCGACGACUCGGCAUCAGUCGACGAAACACUGCACAAAGCUCCAUACGAUGACAGACUUGCUCAACUCCGUCCGCUCCACGUGCAAGGUGAAGGCGGUCGUGGUGCGAGCGACUCCAUGCUUUGGGCGCCUCGGGCAUACUACAUUUCUCCUCAGCCGUUCUUUGCGUCGACUUUGCUCGUGUUCACACCCAGCAACGCUCGCUUCCGUCAGCUCUCGCAGGCAGUGGCCGCAUCCACUCGCCCGGACUAUUACGACAUGGACGUCCUGAAUGACGUGUGGCAUCCCGUUACGUUCCUGCCGCCGCACUACGUCGUGCUCAACGCGGACCUUCUCGCCCCCGACUCGAAUCUCCUUGGAUUCGCCAACGCGAGCGACCGCAUUGCAAAUACGUACGCGCACCACUACUCGUCCUUGCCCAACGGCAAGUAUGGAAAGCCGUGGGAGGUCGAACGUCCACCCAACAACAAGUGGCGCACAAAGCGCAAGUCGUCGCCGCUGAUGUACGAACUUUUUGACUUGUACUUGGACGCAAAGGAUCGAGAGUGUCCGUGGCUGCGCCGUCAAGACACCGCGAAAUCCCUCCCUUCCACCCAUGGCUAUCUCUGGCAGCUCAUCUUUGGUAGCAAUGCAAGGCGGUGAAAGUAUUGCGUACGUUGUCGUUCCAUGGCGAAAGCAACGUACAUGGCAGGAGUUACCGUGGCCAAGUGAAGGAUGGCGGGCGUAUUUACUGUUAGUCGCAUCAUGCAUCACCGUUGGGAUCCAUCGAGUAUGUCGGACAGUUAGCCUCCGCUCAAUUUCCGAAGACUUCACCUACUCGAGCAC